AUCGGCUCAAAACACAUGACAUGGAUCUGGCAACACCACCCAGAGGCGGGACGCGCAGGCGCACUUGUGCUGUCCCGUCGGGUGGUUCAGUUUGAAAUCCAAAAGGAAGGCAUCAAGGAAGAAGCAGUUGCUGGUACUUUCGUGUACUUUCUUCCCGCCGUGAUGACGGAUCCAUUUGUUCAGAGGAUGAUGGCCCGAAGCCAUGCGCGACGGGCAGCAGUGGCCCAGACAUUGGGGAACAAGGAAAAUGUGUCUAUGUCAGAUUCCACUCGCUCCAGGUUGAAGCAUCUCAGUGCUCUUCACUCAGGUAACUCCAGUGAGGCUCUUAGUCCACUUCAACCAUCUGUUGAUAACAUUGAGCCUCCCAGGACUGCCUCGCUCCCAAAAAAAUCUGACUUCAGUCCAGACAGGAAAUUGAGAAAGGAGCCUGGAGAUAUGGAAAUGCAUCAGCCAGUCAAAAUUGGAGAGAACCAAGGCCCCACUUCCCCUCAUAAGCCAAGACUGACCUCUCUGGCUAAGAGAUGUCAAGAAAUAAAUAAUUGGGAUGAUGACUACUCUUAUCACUCAUCUAGUCAUGGCUCUCAGGUAGCAGUAGGGGGGAACUCUGCUUCACCAAAAAAGUUUGAUGUGCAUGGUGCUUACUCUCUAUCUGCUUCUAAUCCUGGUAAGAUCAAGCCACUGGAAGUAGAGGAACUAACAAAAAACACUAAUGUUCUUCAAAGCCCUUCACGCUCAUCGUCAACGUCAUCUUAUGGCAGUGUUGGUAGUGGUGGUGAGUCUUCUCUUUCAAGCUAUGCUUCCUUGUCUCCAGCCACUAAGGCACCUUCCUCUCCUCAUGUUGCUCAGCAUCCCAAGCUUCAGUCCAAUCUUCAGACACCAAACAAGACAGAGUUAAGCCAGAAUGCCAAUGCCUCUCCCACAAAAAAACUACUCUGGGACCGAGGAUUGCUUAAUUCAUUGAUCAAUCUAAAUGAUGGUUUACAAGAAGCUUUGGAAGCACAAGGUUUUACCCCGACUGACUCUCGCUCAAAACUCUACUAUGAUUUUAAGAAAGACCAACAGAAAAAUGCAAAUGAAGAAAGUCCAUCCAAGACUUUCUCAACAACAAGGAUUCCUUCACCUCCUGCCAGCCCCUCUAAGGUGAGAAGCAUAAGUCUUGCAGAACUUAUAAGAAGCAACAGUCCUCAAAAAUCCAGUCAAGUAACAAAGCAAGAAAGUUCUACUGCCUGCUUGCCUGUCACUCAAACCUCUAACACUUGCUUGCCACUGCCGCCACCACCUCCUGUGGUUGUGUCAUGUCUGCCCAAAAGUCCAGUGUCAAGUCCUUCUCGCCUGUUUGCUCGUGUAUCCAGUCCUGAAACAAAGAUUAAGGGACGAGGACGAGAUGUCAGCCCAUCCAAAGUGGGAGAAAUGAGAAGUCGUUGGGAGCAACACAUUCGUCAGGCAUCUCCAGAGCGAACUGACCGCUCUCGUAGCCCAAGAAAAACUGAGAGUCCGAAGAAAGUUCCUUCACCUAAGAAAAACCAACAAGUGACCUCUACUAGCAACACUGAAAUCCCUUCCCAGUCUGCUUCUGUGAACCAUGAAAGCCCAUCAAAGAGUCCUGAAAAGUACAAUCAGAGUGGAUUUAAACGUUUCACAUCUGAACGCAAAAGUUGGCGUGAGGUUAGUCCACAUAAACCUGGGCCGAUUGGAGAAGUGGUAAAAGGAGAAGCUCCUAUGCCCCAAGCUGUACCUCUUGUAGACCAGCCAUUCUCUUCUUCUGUUAGAGAAAGAGCUGCAGCCUUUGACAGUGCAAAAAAGCAAGAACCCCAGAAGGAUCCAGCAGAGAUGAGUGUGCAGGAACGUCUUGCCAUCUUCAGCAAGAAGCAAGGUGGAGCUUUGGUCCCUAAGGCUCCAUUUGGCCAGCCAGUUCCAGCCAAGGCUCUCCAAAGUGGUAGUGUUGGGAGCCAAGAAGCAGCUAUCCACUCUUCUGUGGCUCAUUCCCAGCCUGUACAAAGACCCUCUAAGAGGAUGGCAUCAGAAGCUGCUUCUACAUUUGAACACCAUGGAUCUGUAUCCCAGAAGAAUGAUAAGCACAUGUCUCCAGAUAAAAAAAGGAUCACUAACUUUGAACAACAAAGGAAAGCCUUUGAAUACAUUGAAGACAGUUGGCAGGACAAUGACAUUUCCUCAAAAGUGCGAGCAGAACGCCAGCAGGAGAUGGAAGUUCUGCUGAACAGGUUCAAGAAGCCAAAGCAAAUGCCAAAAUCAAACAACAUUGAAAAUAGACAUCAGUCAUUAAAUGAGAAGCCAAGAUAUCCUGUGGAGUCAGAAUCAGAGUAUUUGGAGAGUGAUGAAUCAAUUGGAGAGUCAUCCACCUCCGAGGACUCUUCCCAGGACAACAUGCCUGGACCUCCCAAACCUCCUCGCCUCUACAAGGACGUCAUCCCAGAAGCCCCACCCCUUCAGGAUGCUGUUGCUAGACGCACCCAAUUGUCUCCACUAAAAGUUCAUCAGUCUCCCAAGAAAGAAUUUAUACCAAAGAUGAAACCUGGUUGCAUCUACCCUUCAUUGUCAGACAUUGAGUCCCACUCUGAAGCUCCAGACAGUCAGGAUGAGGAUGUCAAGGACUCUAGGUAUGUAUAUAAUAUGAUAUUGCCUCCAGAUGUUUGCUCUCCUGCAAGGAAACCAUUCACACCAAAGAAGAAACCAGGCUUCCUGUACCCAUCACUCUCAGAUAUUGAGUCUCGCUCAGAAGCUCCUGACAGUCAAGAUGAGGAGACAGAUUCUAGUUUUGCAGAGAGUGUGUUAACAUGUACCUCUAUGGAGAGUCUGGGACAGAAGAUUCAGAAAGUUGCAAACACUGGAUCCAGGAGGCCACUGUCUAUGAUUGAAGAAAGUACAUACUCUCAGACCCGUGUAAAUAGUUCCAUGUCUGAAAGUACAAUGGAGGCUCUUGAUGCCAUUGAUGAUGCAAUCGAUGAAGCCUUGGAUGACGAUUUGUCACCAACACCACCAAAGAGACAGUGCUCACGGGACAAUAUGAAUGUUUACAAGACUCCAAAAAUCAAUGACACACCUCCCAGUCAUAACACAGAGGAACAAGAUGUUACUCUUGCCCACUCUAUCUCCAUGUACAGGAAACAGAAACCGGAUGUAAUCUGCACCCCAGUACGACAGAUAAUUCGUCGGCCAGAUCUACACUCACCUUCCCCAGAGCCUGUUAGUCCAUCAGUAACUGUGAGCGCCCGCAUCAAAGAGUUGCAAGAGGAGGUGUUAGAGCAACAGCGUGUGAUAGCUCAGGCAUCUAAUGCAGUGUCAGUAGUUCUUAAACGCCCAGAGCAGCAGGGCACCCCACAACAUGUUGAGGCUGAGAAGCUCCUGCUUUUAUCCAGCCAGAAAAGACAGUCAGCACUAAAUGAAAUCCAGAGAAUAAAAGCUGAAGGAGCUUUGGGUCAACAGAGUUGGGCAGGUGACGACACCUGUAUGGGGUCAAUCAGUAUCAGCAACAUAACAGUUCCACUUAAACAUGAGUUUCUCCAGAGAGGAAUGAAAGGUAAUGACUUGUAUCAUCUAAUGGUCUUGGUGAAGCAUAGGGAGCAGGUGAUCUCCUCUCAGCUGAUGACAACACCAGAGUGUGUAGUGGAAGGAGCUGUUACUUUCCCAAACCUCAUCGCUCUCCACCACCUUACCUCAAAUUUUAACAUCACUCUUGAAGUAUAUGCUCUCAGCACUCAGGAGCCUCGCCAGUUGAAUAUGAAGAAGGAACAGAGUCGCAUGAAGCUGACUCCCCUAAAGAAGCUGCACAAGCAUGAGUCUCGAACAGCUUCCCCAUCUAUCCAGUCUCCUGGUGGACCAUUUGCUGUUCGCACGUCAUCCUUUCAACUAGUUGGAUUCACUCACCUUAACAUGUCUACUCUUACUAGGAAUGCCUGGACUCUUGAAAUGGUGCCAUAUUCUUCUUCAUUAGAUGGACACUUGCUGAUGCAUGUGAACUGCAGCUUUGAAGGAGGUAUUACAGAGCGUGGCUUCCUCACUAUGUUUGAAGAUGUGGGUGGGUAUGGAGCAUGGAAUAGGCGAUGGUGUGUGUUGAGUGGAAUGCACCUACGUUACUGGAAGUACCCUGAUGAUGAAACCAGGAAGGAGGCAUCAGGAAAACUGGACCUCCGUUCCUGCACAACACGACGUGUCGAACUGGUGUCUCGUGAUAUUUGUGCCCGACAACACACUUUCCAACUCACCCUUCUACGACCUGCACAUCCAGGAGAAGAAACAAACUUAGUUCAAGAAGUGAAGGGAUCUUCAGUUGUAACAAAGAUGCUGUUGUCUGCAGACAGCAAGGAGGAGCGAAUGGUGUGGUGCAACAAGCUUAACAAGGCACUGGCUAACAUAAGAGCCUGGGACCCUGAUGCAAUGCAGCCCCAGGACUACCAAGUCUAAAUAAACAUAGUACAUAUUUUACUUCUAUAAUAUUUGUACAUUAUAUAUAUAUAUAUAUAUAUAUAUAUAUAUAUAUAUAUAUAUAUAUAUAUAUAUAUAUAUAUAUAUAUAAUUACUUGCACGAGUAACUACAAUGACUUGGUUAAUCUGAACUCACAGUUAAUACGCUUAGCUUUACACAGCCUUUUUAUUGUAGUUUUAUAAAAUAUAUCUAUAAAUCUAUAUAUAUAUAUAUAUAUACAUAUAUAUAUACAAUAUAAUCAUAACUUGAUACUGAUCCAUGUCACAGAAGUAUUUUAUAUAACACAUAAUUGUUGAUAUAUUAUGACAAACAAGAAUUAGAAUUAAGGUCAUCCUGUUAAUAUAGUAAGGAGUGAGAUGCCAUGUACAUAUAAAGGAUUAACUAUUUUAGUAAUUAAGCUACUAAAGUGUUAAAGAAUACACAAGACAAACACUUCUUGCCAUUCUCUAUAUACAAUAACCUUUCUAGCUUUAACCAUCUAAUAAACAUAUAGAUACUAAUGCUGUCUCCUUAAAAAAUGCAGGAUUGCUGAGACAAGGCACAUGAACUUCACAUUCAUAAUCCACACCACUCUCUUACCCCAUUGACCCCCAGAGUAGGGAAAGAACUCCUGCUCUCACUUUAUGCACCAUCUAUCAUAACUAAAUAACUUUCAUUCCUGUAAAUUUUUUUUUUUUUUUUUUUUUUUUUCUGCCAUGCUUAAAAAUAUGAAUGCCAUCAGAAUAUGUUACUCAUUUUCAUUAGUCUAGCCUAAAGUAUUACAUAGUGGGAAUACAAAUGCAGGUCCUUUUUAGUUCUAUCUGUUACCUAACUUGGCAAUAGAAAUGUAGUGAGGAUUAUUUUUAUACUUGAUUUUACUAAUGUGGAUAUGCCUUGUUUUGUAUUGGCCUUCUUGAUUCUGUCUUAUUCAAUAAAAUACUAGAAUUUU